AUGUUCCCUAUCAAAUAUCCGGAAAUUUGGGAGAUGUACUAAGACAUUUCAAAUCAGGAUUCAAAAUUAUCUUCUUGAACAAUUUCAAGGCUGAUCUUCAUUAUGGCAUCGUCAAGUAGAACAAGCAAAUAUGCCUGAAAGCAGUCAUGAUAAACAUCACGUUGAUGCACCACCUCCCGUUUUUAGGCACAUUCAUCUCUAGAAACAACUCAUACUCAAUAGGUACAAGCAGCACGAGGCCUCUUUUUGGACCGCAGAGGAGAUUGAUCUCUCUCAGGAUAUGACCGACUGGGAUAAGCUGAGUGCAAACGAGCAGCACUUCCUAAAGCACAUUUUGGCCUUCUUCGCUGGAUCUGAUGGCAUUGUGCUCGAAAAAUUGAACCUGAACUUCGCAUCCGAAGUGCAGCUGCCGGAAGCGAGAGCCUUUUACGGAUUUCAGGCAGCCAUGGAAAACAUCCACAGCGAAACCUACUCGCUUCUGAUCGAUCAAUACUGCCGUAACUCUACUUUCACUAGCAAUUUGUAUCUGAAUUUGACUUAAUAGUUAGUUGAUGUGUCUGGAAGAUGCUCAUACUUAGAGGGUUCGUUCAUUCUCUACUGCUCUUCCUCGUUGUUCUGAUUUGCUACAAAAAGUAGAUUCUUUUCCAUCUACAGACAACUUUUCCAUCUACAGACAAUCUUCAUCUUGAAAUUUUCAUCCUUCUAACUCUACUCAGGUAACGACGAAGCUGAGAAGACGAAGUUGUUCAACGCGAUCACGACUAUUCCAGUGAUUGAGAAGAAGGCCAAGUGGGCCUCCAGCUGGAUGAAUGGAAACCUCUGCUUCGGUAUGCGCUUAGUGGCAUUCGCAUGUGUAGAAGGGAUUUUGUUUUCCGGAUCCUUCUGUGCCAUCUACUGUUAAGGCUUCCGCUUCCAAAUCCAUCUUGUUCUUGACAGACAGGCCUCCUGAAGAGGGUUUCGGGUUUUCAAGGGUAAAAGGUACUCAGUCUCAGGAUGCAUCUGGAGAUGGAUUGCGGCGAGCGCUAAUACGCGUUGAAGAAGCGUGGUUUGAUGCCAGG